CACCCGCCAGUCGCUGGGCUUGAUGAAGAGCAAAUUGAAGGGCGCCCAGACAGGUCAUGAUCUGUUGAAGCGGAAGAGUGAAGCCCUCACCAAACGAUUCAGAGAGAUUACACGCCGGAUCGAUGAGGCGAAGCGCAAGAUGGGCCGGGUGAUGCAGAUAGCCGCCUUCUCGCUUGCCGAGGUCACAUAUGCCGUGGGCGGCGACAUAGGCUACCAGAUUCAGGAGUCGGCGAAGCAGGCGCGCUUCCGCGUACGGUCCAAGCAGGAGAACGUCUCGGGUGUCUUUCUGCCGCAGUUCGAGAGCUAUAUAGAGGAGAGUAGUAACGAUUUCGGUCUCACGGGGUUGGGCAAAGGCGGACAGCAAGUGCAGAGAUGCAGGGAGACGUAUGCCAGAGCUGUGGAGACGCUCGUGGAAUUGGCCAGUCUCCAGACAGCCUUUGUCAUUCUAGAUGAGGUGAUCAAGGUCGUUAACCGCCGCGUGAACGCCAUUGAACAUGUCAUCAUUCCGCGGACGGAGAACACCAUCAAAUACAUCAACUCAGAGCUGGACGAACUCGACCGCGAGGAGUUCUACCGGUUGAAGAAAGUCUCGGGAAAAAAGCACAGAGACGCGGCGGCAGAGGAGAAGGAGAGGCAGGACAAGAAGCAAGCGCUGGCGGAAGCGAAUCAACCGGAGAAGAGUAUGCAAGACGCUCCAGAAACACAGGACCUGUUUGGUGAGAAGGAGGACGAAGAUGUCAUCUUCUGAUUUCGUACUUAUAUAUCGGUUACACAAUGGGUAACCAGUUUCCCUAAUCCUUCCAUACCUGCAAUCCUGGGUAUAAACAACCGUUUGUAGCAUAGCCGCAUCCCGAUCCAUAGUAGGCCUUUCCGACACUAUCAGAAAUCAUUCACAUAUCCUCC